AUGGUGUCUUCAACCUCAGUCAUCUUAUCAUUAUUACUAAUCGUGUUGUUACCAUCUUCAAGUUCUGCUUCAGAUUCUCUCCAAUACAGGUUUUUUCAUUGUGUUAACCUCACUUCUGAAUCCUCGAUACCUUUCUCCACUUCAUUUUUCACACCGAACAAUGCAUCAUUUAGCAAUAUUCUCCAAUCUACCGCACAAAAUCUGAGGUUUUUGAUACCUUCUAGGCCCAAACCUGAGCUCAUCUUUGUACCCACGGUCGAAUCACACAUUCAAGCAGCUGUUGUUUGUGCCAGACAACUCGGUAUCUUGCUCAGAAUUCGCAGCGGGGGACAUGAUUAUGAAGGCCUAUCCUACACGUCAGAAACAGAGUUGCCAUUUAUGAUACUAGAUUUGUCUAAGCUUCGAUCAAUCAAUGUGAGUAUAGAAGACAACAGUGCCUGGGUUCAGACAGGUGCAACUAUAGGAGAAGUUUAUUACCAGAUUGCUUUAAGAAGCAAAACACAUGGUUUUCCAGGAGGCAUGUGCACAAGUGUUGGUAUUGGUGGACUUAUAACAGGAGGAGCAUAUGGUCCAAUGAUGAGGAAGUAUGGACUUGGAGCAGAUAAUGCACUUGAUGCUAGAAUUGUUGAUGUUAAUGGAAGGAUUCUCACCCGGGUAUCCAUGGGAGAGGAUAUGUUUUGGGCAAUCCGUGGAGGAGGGGGAGGGAGUUUCGGUGUUCUUCUUGCUUGGAAGCUACAACUGGUAGAGGUUCCAGAAAAGGUGACAGUUUUUACUCUCUCAAGAACUUUGGAACAAGGAGCAACUGAACUUCUACAGAGAUGGCAACAGGUUGCUGAUACCCUAGUUGAAGAUCUCUUCAUCAGAGUCCUCGUGAAGAAAGUAAAUGCAACUUCUCAAGCGGGAAAACAGACUAUACAAACUGCCUAUCAAGCUUUAUAUCUUGGAAAAGCUGACAGUCUCCUAAAGGUAAUGAAGAAAAGCUUCCCUGAAUUGGGAUUAACCAAGGAGGACUGUAUUGAAAUGAGCUGGAUUGAGUCAGUGAUAUACAUUGCCCGCUACGCAAGAAAUGUACCUCCUGAAUUUUUACUACAAGGGAGAUCAUUUUUUAACAAGUUCAGUUUCAAAGCUAAGUCCGACUUCGUCAAAGAGCCAAUUCCAGCCUAUGCACUGGAAGGAAUAUGGAAGAGGUUAUUAGAGCAAGACUCCCCUUUAGUUGUGUGGACACCUUACGGCGGUAUGAUGAAUAAAAUUUCAGAAUCCGAAAUCCCCUUUCCCCACAGAAAUGGCACUAAGUUCAUGAUACAGUGGCUAGCAGAGUGGCAAAAUGAAGGCACAAAAGGCAGCAUAGCACAUCACAUUGAUUGGCUAAGGGAGUUGUACAAUUUCAUGACACCUUACGUUUCCAAGUUCCCGAGAGCAGCUUAUGCAAACUACAGAGAUCUAGAUUUGGGUGUCAACAAUCUCACUGGCAAAACUAGUUUUACAGAUGCAAGUAACUGGGGCAAAAAGUACUUCCAAAACAACUUCAACAGACUAGUACUUGUGAAGACAAAAGUUGAUCCUGAUAACUUCUUCAGGCAUGAACAAAGCAUCCCACUUUUCACCACCGAAAUAUGA